CGAUGGAUUCCUAUCGGCCCAUAGACUCUAGACUUGGGCCGGGUACUGGAUGCCCCAUUUUCUUCCCCAACGCCUCCACAUCAAUUCAAACCUCCAUUGAAAUGCUAGCGACUGAACUCAGAGAGUAACAAAUGUCUGCCAUAUUCAGAAUCUACAAAUCAAAACCCCACACUUUCACUUUCAGAACAUCUCUUUUUUCCCUAUCCUCUUCCAAAUUCCAUUCCUCCACUUCUCCUUCUCUCAAACCUAAACCAAAACCCUCACCUUUAGGGUUUAAAUUCGAAGGUUCUAGAUUAGGGUUAGGGUUAGGGUUUAGGCAUAAAUGGGAGGGAAGUUCCGACAGUUACGAUCUCAUAAAAUCAGAGGUUAACUGUCCCCGUUGUUCGAAGCAAAUGAAUGUGCUAUUCUCCAACAGGCCGUUAUCGAUAACGGCCGGGGAGACGGGGAUUUACCAGGCGGUGAAUUUGUGUCCUCAUUGCAGGACAGCGUUUUACUUCAGGCCGUUUAAAUUACAGCCUUUGCAAGGGACUUUUAUUGAGAUUGGUAGGGUUAAAGGAGGUGAAAAAGAGAGUGAUGAUGAAGGGAGUUGUGGGAAAAGUGAUGGUAAGAUUUGGGAAAAGUUGAGGUCUUAUAGUGGUGGGACCAGUGGUGGUAGUGAUGAUGGUGGGCAAGGUAGUUGUGCAACCGAAACCAAGGAUUCGGAGGCGAAAAUGGAAGAGUUACUUACACCAAAGGAGAUAUGUAAAGGGCUUGAUCAGUUUGUUAUUGGGCAAGAGAGAGCCAAGAAGGUGCUUUCUGUCGCAGUUUACAACCAUUAUAAACGAAUUUACCAUUCCUCUUUGAAUAAAAAGUCAGAUUCAGAUUCAGAUUCUGGUGAAGUCAGAGAUGAGCUGGAAAAUAUUGAUAAUGAUUCAGUCGAGUUAGAGAAGAGCAAUGUUUUAUUGAUGGGCCCCACUGGCUCAGGGAAAACAUUACUUGCGAAGACGCUAGCUCGUCUCAUCAAUGUUCCUUUUGUAAUUGCGGACGCAACAUCUUUAACACAGGCUGGUUAUGUUGGCGAGGAUGUGGAAUCUGUAUUGUACAAAUUACUCGAGGCUGCUGACUUUGAUGUCGAAACAGCUCAGCGAGGGGUUGUCUACAUAGAUGAAGUUGAUAAAAUAACCAAAAAGGCUGAGAGCCUGAACAUUGGCAGAGAUGUAUCGGGGGAGGGCGUCCAACAGGCGCUGCUGAAGAUGCUUGAAGGAACUAUUGUAAGUGUACCUGACAAUAGAGCACGGAAACAUCCACGUGGCGAUACUCUUCAGAUAGAUACUAAAGAUAUCCUUUUUAUCUGUGGUGGAGCUUUUGUUGGUUUAGAGAAGACAAUUUCAGAAAGACGACAGGAUUCUUCGAUUGGAUUUGGAGCACCUGUUCGAACUAACAUGAGAGUUGGUGGUAUAACUGAUGCUGUAGUCACAUCAUCACUGUUGGAAUCUGUAGAAAGCGAUGAUCUCACUGCAUAUGGACUCAUUCCUGAAUUUGUGGGGCGGUUCCCAGUUUUAGUGAGUUUAUCUUCACUGGAUGAGGAUCAGCUUGUUCAGGUUCUCACGGAACCCAAAAAUGCUCUUUGCAAGCAAUACAAGCAAAUGUUCAACUUGAAUAAUGUCAAAUUACAGUUUACCAAGAAUGCACUUCGACUUAUUGCUGAGAAAGCCAUUGCCAAAAACACUGGUGCACGAGGCUUAAGAUCUAUACUAGAAAGUAUUCUGACUGAAGCCAUGUAUGAGGUUCCCGACAGCAAGCCAGGCGGGGACUCUGUAGAGGUUGUCUUGGUUGAUGAAGAGGCUGUCGGAACAGCUGAUACAGCUGGAUGUGGAGCAAAAGUUCUUCGUGGUAGCAGUGGGCUGGAGAAUCUUUCCUGUCCUACUGGAUCAACAAUGACAAUGGUACCCAUUUCGCACCUGAAGCUUGGUGAUUUCAGACAUUCGAGCCUGAAAGUGUGGCCUUGUGAAAGCCAAACAUCAAACAUUUUCACCUAAUGUUAUGUAUGGUUUGCGAAGGCAAAAUUCAGACAUUUUUAUUGAGUAAACUUUGCGGUUAGAUAUGUAUUUAUGCCGAAAAUGCACCUCGCAACCAAUCGCCAUACCAAUUCUAGCUGAAAUUGACCUUUACAAGUUUGACCCGCGGGAUCUUCCAGGUAAAUAUUUUUCUCCUCCACCUUUGUUAAUGGAGUAGAAUUGAAUGGUUCAAAUUUUGAAGUUGUGAAUUUGAAUUUAAUCAAAUUAUGUGUUUGUGUUUCAGAUUUGACAUUGUAUGGAGAGAAAGAACGGUAUUUCUUUUCACCUCGAGAUCUGAAAUAUCUGACAGUUCACGCCCAAAUCGAGCUCCCAGAACUGGUUACUAGAAGGCGACUGGUAUCGAUAAGCCGAUUGGAAAUCGGAAGGCGGGUGGAAUUAAGAAAGCAUUGGUGUUUUACAUUGGCAAGGCACCUAGAGGAGAGGAGAAAGUGAGAGGUGGAUGAAACAUAGGAGAAAGUGAGAGGUGGAUGAAACAUAGGAGAAAGCGAGAAAGUAGAUUAUGGCUAGGGCCUGUCUUUAUUUUAGGCCUAGGGGCUAUUU